GAGGAAAUACCACCAAGGAGUCCUGUGUCUGCCAAACCUGAGACAAGUUCAUGAAGCUGACAGACUUCAGUUCCAGAAUACUUUUACUGUCUCUCUCAACUCGCUGCCCGGGACUCUGCCUGGCAGUUCUCUCUGCACUUCAGUUACCAUGGGGAUGGUGUCAUUUGAGGACGUGGCUGUGAACUUCACCCGGGAGGAGUGGUGGGAGCUGAAUGGUGCUCAGAGGACGCUGUACCGGGAUGUGAUGCUGGAGACCUACAGUCACCUGGUGUCACUAGGUGCGGAAGCUCCGAUGCAACACCGGAGUGCUGCUGGCCCUGAAAUGAGAAGAAAUGUCCCCUCGGAGGGGAUGGUGUCAUUUGAGGAUGUGGCUGUGAACUUCACCUGGGAGGAGUGGCGGGACCUGAGUGAAGCUCAGAGGACCUUGUACCGGGAUGUGAUGCUGGAGACCUACAGCCACCUGGUGUCACUAGGACAUUGUGUUACCGGUCCUGAGGAGAGCAUCAGGUUGGAGCAGGGAGUACAGACAUGGACUGUGGAGGAACCCCCAAACCAGGACGUCUCGGAUGUUCAUACUGUGGAUUACCUGACUAAGACCAACCCUCCAAAUCAGGGAAGACAUUUGUGGCAAGUUUUUACUGCCAGGAGCAAAAUAUCAACCAAUGAGAGAACUGACUUUGGGGAAAAAAGUAACUUGGACUCACUUCAUCGUUUGAACCAGAAUAUAAAAAAGGGAAACAUUUCAGCAAUGAUGCCUGAGAACUUUACUAUAUAUAGGGCCAUGUUAACCCCUGAUGGGCCUCAUGAAGAACAUGCUGGAAGGAAAGAGGCAGUCUUUCAUAGAAUUAGGGACUCCCUCGGGUAUCCUGAGAAGACUCACACAGGAAAGAAGGCCUGUGAAUGUCAAAAGUGUAGGGCCAUUUUGUCCAGAAAAUCAUCCUUCACUUACCAUCACCGAAUACAUGCUAGAGAGAAACCCUACAAAUAUCAAGAGUGUAGAAAAAUGUUUUUGUGGAAAUCUGUCAUCUUUGUACAUCAGGGAAAUCACACUGGAGGGAAACCUUAUAAAUGUCAAGAGUGUGGGAGAACUUUUAACAGUAAGUCCACCCUCAUUGUGCAUAAGAGAAGUCACACCACUGGAGAGAAGUCCUAUGAAUGUCAAGUGUGUAGGAAAGUGUUUUCCCAGAAGUCAGUUCUUGUUCUACACAAGAGGGCUCACACUGGAGAGAAGCCCACUGAGUGUCAAGACUGUGGGAAAACUUUUCCCAAUCAGACCACCCUCAGUGUACAUCGGAGAAGUCACACUGGAGAGAAACCCUAUGAAUGUCAACUGUGUGGGAAAGCCUUUUCUAAUAAAGUACACCUCAAUAGGCAUCACACAAUACACACUGGAGAGAAACCCUAUGAAUGUCAAGAAUGUGGGAGGGCUUUCUACUUGAAGUCAGUCCUCUUUCAACAUCAAAUCACCCACAGAACAGUGAAGCCCUAUGAAUGUCAAGCAUGUGGGAAAACUUUUUCCAGGAAGUGUACCCUCACUGAUCAUCAGAGAAGUCACACUGGUGAGAAACCCUAUGCAUGUCAACAGUGCGGGAAAACAUUCAACUGGAAAUCAGCCCUCUAUAAACAUCAUAGGGUUCACAGUGGAGAGAAACCAUAUGAAUGUCAAGAGUGUGGGAAAACUCUUAGCAGUAAGGUUGUCCUCGCUGUCCAUCAGAGAAGUCACACUGGAGAGAGACCCUAUGAAUGUCAAGAGUGUGGGAAAACCUUUUUCGGUAAGGGUGCCCUCACUGUUCAUCAGAGAAGUCACAGUGAAGAGAAGCCUUAUGACUGUCAAGAGUGUGGGAAAACUCUUUGCAGUAAGGCUGCCCUCACUGUCCAUCAGAGAAUUCACACUGGAGAGAAACCCUAUAAAUGUCAAGAGUGUGGGAAAACCUUUUCUCGUAAAUCACACCUCAGUAGGCAUCACAAAAUGCACACUGGAGAGAAACCCUAUAAAUGCCAAGAGAAUGGUAAAACGUUUCCUGAUAAAUCACAGCUCAAUAGGCGUGGCAAAAUCCACACUGGAGAGACAUGUUAUGAAUGUGAAGAAUGUGGGAAGGUUUUCUACCGCAGGUCAGGCCUCUAUAUCCAUCAAAAGAUCCACAGAGGAGUGAAGCCCUAUGCAUGUCAACAGUGUGGGAAAACAUUCUACUGGAAAUCAGCCCUUGCUGUCCAUCAGAGAAGUCACACUGGAGAGAAACCCUAUGAAUGUCAACUGUGUGGGAAAGCCUUUUCUGAUAAAGUACACCUCAAUAGGCAUCACACAAUACACACUGGAGAGAAACCCUAUGAAUGUCAAGAAUGUGGGAAACCUUUUCCCACUAAGUCAGACCUCACUGGACAUCAGAGAAGUCACAGUGGAGAGAAACGAUAUGUAUGUCAAGAAUGUGGGAGGGCUUUCUACUUGAAGUCAGUCCUCUUUCAACAUCAAAUCACCCACAGAACAGUGAAGCCCUAUGAAUGUCAAGCAUGUGGGAAAACUUUUUCCAGGAAGCGUACCCUCACUGAUCAUCAGAGCAGUCACACUGGUGAGAAACCCUAUGCAUGUCAACAGUGCGGGAAAACAUUCAACUGGAAAUCAGCCCUCUAUAAACAUCAUAGGAUUCACAGUGGAGAGAAACCAUAUGAAUGUCAAGAGUGUGGGAAAACUCUUAGCAGUAAGAUUGCCCUCGCUGUCCAUCAGAGAAGUCACACUGGAGAGAGACCCUAUGAAUGUCAAGAGUGUGGGAAAACCUAUUUCGGUAAGAGUGCCCUCACUGUUCAUCAGAGAAGUCACAGUGAAGAGAAACCUUAUGACUGUCAAGAGUGUGGGAAAACUCUUUGCAGUAAGGCUGCCCUCACUGUCCAUCAGAGAAUUCACACUGGAGAGAAACCCUAUAAAUGUCAAGAGUGUGGGAAAACCUUUUCUCGUAAAUCACACCUCAGUAGGCAUCACAAAAUGCACACUGGAGAGAAACCCUAUAAAUGCCAAGAGAAUGGUAAAACGUUUCCUGAUAAAUCACAGCUCAAUAGGCAUGGCAAAAUCCACACUGGAGAGAAAUGUUAUGAAUGUGAAGAGUGUGGGAAGGCUUUCUACCGCAGGUCAGGCCUCUAUAUCCAUCAAAAGAUCCACAGAGGAGUGAAGCCCUAUGCAUGUCAACAGUGUGGGAAAACAUUCUACUGGAAAUCAGCCCUUGCUGUCCAUCAGAGAAGUCACACUGGAGAGAAACCCUAUGAAUGUCAACUGUGUGGGAAAGCCUUUUCUGAUAAAGUACACCUCAAUAGGCAUCACACAAUACACACUGGAGAGAAACCCUAUGAAUGUCAAGAGUGUGGAAAGGCUUUCCGGAACAGGUCAGGCCUCCAUGCUCAUCAAAUAACUCACAGAGCAAUAAAGCCCUAUAAAUGUCAAGAGUGUGGGAAAACUUUUUCCAGAAAGUUCUCCUUCACUGUACAUAAGAGAAGUCAUACUGGAGAGAAACCCUAUGAAUGUCAAGAGUGUGGGAAAACUCUUUGCACUAAGACUACCCUCACUGUCCAUCAGAGAACUCACACUGGGGAGAGACCCUAUGAAUGUCAAGAAUGUAGGAAAGGGUUUGCCCAGAAAUCAGGUCUUGUUGUACAUCUGAGGACUCACACUGGAGAGAAACCUUAUGAAUGUCAAGAGUGUGGGAAAUCAUUUUCCAGUAAGUCCACCUUAAUCGUACAUCAGAGAAGACACACUGGAGAGAAGCCCUAUGAAUGCCAAGAGUGUGGGAAAACAUUUCCUGAUAAAUCACAGCUCAAUAGGCAUGUCAAUAUCCACACUGGAGAGAAAUGAAUGUGAAGAGUGUGGGAAGGUUUUCUACAACAGGUCAGGCCUCUGUCGUCAGCAAAAGAUCCACAAAGGAGUGAAGCCCUAUGCAUGUCAACAGUGUGGGAAAACAUUCUACUGGAAAUCAGCCCUCAAUCAACAUCAUGGAUUUCACAGUGGAGAGAAACCUUAUCAAUGUCAAGAGUGUGGGAAAGCUUUUUCAAAUAAGCCUGCCCUCAUGUUACAUCAGACAAUUCACACUGGAGAGAAACCCUAUGAAUGUGAGGAGUGUAGGAAAGGUUUCUCCCAAAAGUCAGAUCUUGUUGUACAUCAGAGGACUCACACUGGAGUGAAACCUUAUGAAUGUCUGGAGUGUGGAAAAACUUUUUGCAGUAAUUCCUCCCUCUCUAGGCAUCAGAAACGUCAUACUGGAAAGAAAUCCUAUGAAUGUUAACUAUAGAAAAACUUUCUCUUCCAGGGCCUCCCUGGUGGUGCAGGCGGUUGAGCGCCACACUGUGAAG